UAUGCUCUCCGAACAAAUUGUUAAGAUCGGACCAUCAUACUAACUGUGUGAAAAACUUUUUUAUUUGACCAUCUUUAAUGAACUUUAGCAUGGAUUAUUGUUUGUUUUUCUUUUUUUUUUUAGAUCACUGUCGAAGACCACGGCACAAUAUCUGAUCAAAUUUUGGUCAGAUCGCACCACUAUUGCAUAUAUGUACAUACAAAGCUGCCAUACAAACUGAGCGAUCAAGAUUAUGUUAUUGUAUGGAAACUUUUUUUAAUUAUGAACGGUAUUAUGGCUUUUUUUUAAUUUUUCAACACGUGACUUCGACAUGAAUUUAUGUUCAUUUAAAAUAUAACACGAAUUACUUUCCUGUAACGGUGUGAAAAUGUUUGAUUUUAUGUACAUUAUACAUACAUAUGUGAAACGAGUAAAAGCGCAUGACGAACACAUUUUGAAAUAAAGUGUUAGGGCAAAACUGCUAGAUAUGAUUUGUAGAUAACAACAAACAAUUAAAAGGCAAUUAACAACUAUUUACUUUCAUUUUCUAUGCGUUCAAACAAAUUCGAGUUGAUACUGCUGAAGUGCGCGCUUGGAAAGCAAAUAAACCAAACCAUAAUUGGAAAAGAAUCGCGACUAAAAGUUCUGAAAUUUUAAAAAGCAUAAGAAAAAUUGUAAAUUAACAACAAAAAAAACAAAAAUGCAGCACUUAAAAUGGGUCAAAAUAUGUGUUGGCUUUACAUUUGCUAGUUUGAUGUUUUUCGGUUUCUCAGCGCAUGGCAUAUCAAUACGCAAAGGUCGCUUUUACAAUUCUUAUAUAAUAGCAAUAUAUGCAUUGUCAAUUGCAAGCGCUUUCACAGUGUCUUAUGGUCAAAGUAUGCUGAACGAUUGGCAGAACGACGAAUUCGAUUUGGAAAAUGUUACUAACCUAUACCGUUACAUGAAUAUCACAUCGGUCAUUAUCAACUAUUUGACAGCGUUCAUACUGUCAAGUACAUUUGUGCGCUUUUUUAACACUGUCUCACUUUUUGAGACAUUAAGAUUCUUCGAAGUCAGCGCGCGAACGGUGAUUGUAUCGGUGAGAUUGGUUAUCCUUAAAGCCUUAUUAAUACCUGUCAUUUAUGAGGUGACAUUUCUGUUGCAACAAAUACGUAACGAGCCAGAUAAACCUUUAUUGUGGACUUUAUAUACAGUCUUGCCAUUGGUGCUCGCACAAAUGUAUCCCAAUCUCUUCUUUAGCGCAUUAGUUAUUGGCAAAGUGCUUGUGGAGACAUUAAAUGAACGUUUAUGUGAAAUUGUCAAUGAGGUCAAUUGCAUGCAAACUCCACUGCAGAUGAGUUUGCACAAGCCAUAUUAUCGUAUGCAGCGCUUUUGCGACUUGGCUGAUCGUGUGGACUUGCUUGCGCAGAAAUACGACAUUAUUUGUAGGCAAACAACAAAGUACUUGCAAUUGCUUUCGGCGCCGGUAAUUUGUUCUUUGCUUUGUAAUUUGUGCGGCAUCACCGUCGGGUGUUUUAGGCAAUAUUUAGCUGUUGCUGAAACUUUGGUAAACAACGAGCCCUAUGAUGUAUUUCAAGCUUUAACUAAUGCAGCCUUUCUGGCGAUAUCUGUUAUCGAAGUGAUGUUGUUGGCGCAAAUAAGCGAUAAUAACGUAGUGAAGGUGGAAUUGAAAUUAAUAAAGAAGUUGUGAACAAUGUUAUGUAAGUCAUCUCUAUUUCAGGUGCAAGAAACUGGCUUGAUUCUACAACGCAUCAAUUUGAUACAUGCAGAUUUGCGUUUUAAGCAGUCGGUGGACGCAUUUUCGCUGCUGGUAUUAGUAACAAAAUAUAAAAUUGAACCACUCGGAAUGCUGGAAAUAAAUAUUUCCCUUAUUCAAGAUGUAUUGUCGGCGGUCACAAGUUUUUUGCUCAUAUUCGUGCAAAGUGAUCUCACGCUACGUUUCUCUUUAAAGUAAACUACUUGAAGUAUAAGAGACUUUGCUUACCUGGCUGAACUGCAUAAGAUUAUCCGACUGUAAAGAAAUUAAUUUUUUUUUUUUAUAAAUUACCAAA